AACUAAGCUGGGUGUGCCUAUGAGGAAUUCUAAACAAAGAGCAUUUUAGUUUGCUGGGUGCUGCGCUCUGCUGUCAUGCUCAGUUUACCUAGCGCCUCGGCUUUCCACACACACUCACACACACACACACUCUGAAGUGAAGAGCCGGGAGAAGACUGCGACGUCUGCUCAGGCAGAGUGGGAGGGAUGAUUGGGACCAUCUGCGAAUGGUUCUGGUGGGACCGCCUCUGGCUGCCGGUCAACCUGACAUGGGCAGAUCUAGAAGACAAGGAUGGCCGGGUCUACGCCAAAGUGUCUGACUUGUACAUAACCUUGCCUUACUCAGUAGGUUUCCUCAUAGUGCGCUACGUCUUUGAAAGGUUUAUAGCCACGCCGUUCGCAACCGCCUUAGGUGUCACAGAGAAGAACAGACGGAAAGUCCAGUACAAUCCUAUCCUGGAGCAUUAUUUCACCUCCUGUUCCAAAACCCCAGGACAGGCAGAUAUUCAAGGACUGUCAAAAAAAUGUAGCAUCUCCAAUAGACAGGUGGAGCACUGGUUCAGGAGGAGACGCAACCAGGAGCGUCCAGGGGUCCUGAAAAAGUUCAGAGAGGCUAGCUGGAGAUGUGUCUUUUACCUAGGAGCCCUUAUUGGUGGUGUUGUAGCCCUGCAUGAUAAACCCUGGUUUUACAAUUUACGAGAAAUGUGGAAUUCUUAUCCAAAACAGUCCUUGUUGGAGUCUCAGUACUGGUACUACAUCCUGGAGAUGAGUUUUUACUGGUCUCUUCUUUUCAGCAUCACGUUCGAUGUGAAACGAAAAGACUUCAAGGAGCAGAUCAUUCACCACUUAGCCACAUUGACGCUGCUGGCGUUUUCCUGGUGUGGAAACUAUAUUCGAGUAGGAACAUUGGUCAUGCUCGUGCAUGAUGCCUCUGAUGUGUUUUUAGAGUCUGCCAAGAUAUUUAACUACGCCAAAUGGGAGAAAACCUGCAAUGGCAUUUUUGUUCUGUUCGCUGCUGUGUUCAUGGUGACGAGACUUGUUAUCUUUCCAUUUUGGAUCAUCCACUGCACGUGGGUCUACCCGCCUGACUACUACCCUGUUUUCUUCGGGUAUUACUUCUUUAAUGCUGUACUUGUCAUCCUAUUGACGCUGCACAUAUUCUGGGCCUACCUGAUCCUCCGCAUGGUGAAGAAAUUUCUCUUUGGAAGUUUAACUAAAGAUGAGAGGAGUGACAAUGAAGAAGAGGAAGAUGAUGAAGGGGAGAACAGCAUGCCUGAGGACCAUGAUGGACACCCAAAAGUCAGCAAUGGCUGUGGGGCCAACCAUCACUAACCAACCGGACACUUCUGCAGUUUCUAUUGUUGCUGAUGACUGAAGGAACCUAAUGAAGGUUUUUUUUUGUUGUUUUUUUUUUGUUUUUUUUUUGUUUUGGUGUCCAGCCUCAACUGGCUUCAGAUUAUGAAAGACACUGCUGAUUUAUUACCACCAUGAAAGUGCCAGAGACCUGACCAGAAACACACUUGUAUCUGUCGACAGUACAAACCCAAACAAGUGCUUGUUUCCUUUUCCUUAGUGCCAACAGAGAGUGAUUACCUUGGCUCCUCCGUUGUGGCCACACUCUCUACAUGAACCACAAACUAAGCAAGAAGAAAAAAGAUCCCGAAAGGAAAAAAAAAAAUCAUUGUGCCUAAUCUGAUCCUUAUUGUUCAUUGGAACACAGUGCUACAGAGUGACCUGGAUGCUGUUGAGGUUCCUCUGCUGUUUCUCAUCAGUGAGAUGAAAUCACUAUUGGUUUUUACCUUGCUUGAAGCCACUAUAAAACAAAAUCCUAAUCCCAUGUUGUGAGGUCCAGAUCUUGUAUUGAAAAGUUGCAUUCUAGAAAAAGCAUUAUACUGAAUGUAGUAUCCCAGCCAAGACUUGUUUAUGCUCAAAGUUUGCUUGUUCAGCUUCAUGGAGGAGAAACAAGGCUAAUGUUGCUAACAAGCAAGGGAAUCUAACUUCUAACUAGUUUAACAUGUGCAAAUGCAAUUUGUAAAUCAUCACCCACUCGCCUGAUUGUGGCUGUCUUUGUUUGAAGAGUCUUAUUUAACUUACUGUUGAGAAGUGAGAGAGUGAAGGAGACAGCCAAGAACAAAUGAAUGCAAAUGGAGAACAAGUAGAAGUCAUUUUUUUUGGACUUGAACUAUAUACUUGUAGUUGUUUUUGUUUAUGUUUAUGUUUAUGUUAAAUAUAUUCCAAUGCAUGUGUGCUUUGACUUUUGAUAAAAAAAAAUGGUCAGAAGAAAGAUUUUAUCAUUGAAAGUUGAAAAUCUGACUCUAAAGUAUUUUUUUAAUUAAAAAAAAGUUUUAUCAAAGAAA